AUGGCCUCGAAAGACAGCGAAAUGGCAGCGACCGUUCACCAAGAAGAAAUGCAUUCAAACCUGGAUAUAACAGAUAAACAAGAAGUGAAAGAGAAGACCGAUCUCUAUGCACCUGACCCCCAUAUUGAAAUUGACACGGCCACCGACCGACUGCUUUUCUGGAAGAUCACCCGCCGCGUCCUUGUUAUCCAGGUCAUCACCUAUUUUUGUCAGUCUCUUGAUAAAGGAAUCUUGAACUAUGCCUCUAUCAUGGGGAUUAAGGAUGAUACCCACCUAGUGGGCCAGCAGUAUUCGUGGUUAGGAACAAUUCUCUACAUUGGCAUUCUUGUUGGCGAGUAUCCGCAGAACCUGCUCUUACAAAAACUUCCUGUGGCGAAGACACUAGCUGUCAAUGUAUUUAUCUGGGGAGCCGUUGUAGCGUGCUCAGCGGCUUCUACCAACUUUGCGUCCCUUAUGGUGGUCCGAUUCCUACUUGGAUUCUUUGAGAGUUGUGUUCAGCCUGCUAUGAUGCUAGUGACCGCAAUGUGGUAUAAAAGAGAGGAACAAGCCGUCUUGAACUCAAUUUGGUAUUGCAUGACUGGGGUGCAACUGAUUAUCGGAGGUCUUUUAGCCUUUGGUGUCUCUCACUUCACAGACGGACCGAUUAAGAGUUGGCAGCUUCUGUUCUUGGUCCUCGGUCUUUUCACAUGCUGUUGGUCAUUUUUUAUAGGACUCCUCCUUCCUGAUAGCCCUAUAUCGGCAAAGUGCUUUACGGAGGAUGAGAAGCGCUUGAUGAUCGAACGAGUGCGGCACAACGAGACUGGCAUUGAGAACAAAGAGUAUAAGAAGUACCAAAUUAUCGAGGCCAUUAAAGAUCCUCUGGUUUGGUGCUGUGUUAUGCUCAUUCUUGUUGCUAACUUGGUAAUUGGUGGCUUGGGGGUGUUCUCCAAUCUCAUUAUUCAGAAGUUUGGCUUCUCGCUACUUCAAACGCAGCUCCUUAACAUUGCCCAAGGAGCUUGGACUAUUAUUGUCAUGGUUGGGUCUGCAUGGGCAUCCCAACACUUCCAGCAGACAUGUCUUGUGAUGAUUACAUGCGCAAUCCCAGCAAUUGUCGGGACAAUAGUCAUCAUGGUGGUUACCCCGACUCCGUCAAAUGCAGGUGGAAUGCUGAUUGCAUUCUAUUGCACGCAAUUUUUCCUUGCACAAGGCAACAUGAUUAUUUCACUUAUCACCCGAAAUGUUGCAGGGCAGUCUAAGAAAAGCUUCACCAUGACUAUGCUAUUCGUUGGUUGGUCUGUCGGAAACCUGAUUGCGCCUCAGAUCUUCCAAAACAAAGAUGCUCCUCGUUAUCUGCAUGGCUUCUUGGCGCAUAUUGUUAUUUAUGCCGUGUAUGUUGCCCUAGUUAUCCUCACUCGGGUGAUAAUCAUGGCUAGGAACCGUUCGAAGAAGCAGGCGGCGAGUGAAGUGGUUCAUGACUUGGCUUUCGAGGAUCUCACUGAUCGCGAGAACCCAAAUUUCCGUUAUGUAUACUAG